CACCCCUUGGGCAAGCUGUCGCGAAGCGCCUGUCUGCAGAGCUGCAGCCCCACAGCGGGAUCCCCUCGGGGGUACCCCCCCAAAAACCGGACGCCCCUGGGCUGGAGCUGCUGCGGCUGCUGCGGCGAGGGGUGAGGGGGAGAGAACAGCAGCCUCCGCGCACGUCCACGGGUGCGUGCGUGUGUCUCGCUGUGUGGGUGCGUGCAUCUGUCUGUAUCUGAGCGUGUCCGUGCUGGCGCUGCCUGUAUUUGCCUGUGUCUAUCUGUCUGUCUCCGCGCGUGCCUCUGCUCACGGGUGCGCGUCGGUGUGUGUAUGCGUGUGCCGCUCUCCCCCUGUGUAACCGUGUGUGUGUGUGUGUGUGUCCCUGCCUUCUCCUACACCUCCCUCUCCUCCUCUCUCUCCCCCCUCCCGUGUGUGUGUGUGUGCGCGGCGGGGAGGGCAGAGCCGGGUGCGCCGUGCAGCAGCGCGGUGCCCCAGCGCGGGGCAGAGCACUCCAGAGCCGCGGCCGGAGCCGGAUCCGGAGGAGGAACCGCGCCGCUCCGGGAGCCGGAUCCGGAGCAGGACCCGCGCCGGGAGCCCCGCGGAGCCACCGGGAGAGCGCGGCCGCACCGAGGCGCAACAGGCGGGGCGGCGGGCGGAUGGCGGCUGGCUGCGGCGCCGGCCGCUGAAGGCGGGGAGGCGAGGCGGUGGCGGCGGCGGGGCGCGGAGCAGAGCGGGCGGGAUGCGGGCGGAGGAGCCGCUGGCGCUGGCGGCCCCGCGGGCGGGAGGCGGCGAGGCGGAGGCGGAGGCUCCGGGCGAGGAGCGGAGCGGCGGCAGCUGCUGCAGCAGCGAGCGGUUGGUGAUCAACAUCUCGGGGCUGCGUUUCGAGACCCAGCUACGGACCCUCUCCAUCUUCCCUGACACGUUGCUUGGUGACCCCAGCCGCCGGGUGCGCUACUUCGACCCGCUCCGCAACGAGUACUUCUUCGACCGCAACCGGCCCAGCUUCGACGCCAUCCUCUACUACUACCAGUCCGGGGGGCGGCUCCGCCGGCCCGUCCAUGUGCCCCUCGACAUCUUCCUGGAGGAGAUCCGCUUCUACCAGCUGGGUCAGGAGGCCAUCGAGACCUUCCGGGAGGAUGAGGGCUUCAUUCAAGAGGAGGAGAAGCCCUUGCCCCAGCACCAUUUCCAGCGCCAGGUCUGGCUGCUCUUUGAGUAUCCUGAGAGUUCCGGGCCAGCCCGGGCCAUCGCCAUCGUCUCUGUGCUGGUCAUCCUCAUCUCCAUCGUCAUCUUCUGCCUGGAGACCCUGCCUGAGUUUCGCCAGGAGCCCAAGGGCACCCAACCUGGCUUUGGGGAGGCGGCACCGCCCAGUGAUGAGGCGCUGCUGCUGCCGCCGCCACCCCCGCCGAGCGGGACUCCACCGCCCCUGCGCCCCGCUGCUGGUGCUGGCCCCUUCUUCACUGACCCCUUCUUCCUCAUUGAGACCCUGUGCAUCAUCUGGUUCUCCUUUGAGCUCCUUGUCCGCUUCUUUGCCUGCCCCAGCAAACCCGAGUUCUCCCGCAACAUCAUGAACAUCAUUGACAUUGUGGCCAUCAUCCCCUACUUCAUCACUCUGGGGACUGAGCUGGCCCAGCAGCAGCAACAAAAACAACAGCCUGGUGGCAGCAGCAAUGGGGGCCAGCAGCAAGCCAUGUCCCUGGCCAUCCUCAGAGUCAUCCGCCUGGUCAGAGUCUUCAGGAUCUUCAAGCUUUCCAGACACUCCAAGGGGUUACAGAUCUUGGGGAAGACUCUCCAGGCCAGCAUGAGGGAGCUGGGCCUUCUCAUCUUCUUCCUCUUCAUUGGGGUGAUCCUCUUCUCCAGUGCUGUCUACUUUGCAGAGACUGAUGACCCUGACUCCCUCUUCACCAGCAUCCCUGAUGCUUUUUGGUGGGCAGUGGUGUCCAUGACCACUGUGGGCUAUGGGGACAUGUAUCCCAUGACAAUCGGUGGCAAGAUUGUUGGUUCCUUGUGUGCCAUUGCAGGUGUGCUCACCAUUGCCCUCCCUGUCCCUGUCAUCGUGUCCAACUUCAACUACUUCUACCACCGAGAGACUGAUCAUGAAGAGCAGUGCCAGUACACCCAUGUCACCUGUGGCCAGCAACAGUCACCUUUCUCUGAGCCCAAGAAGGGGGACAGUAAUCAGUCUCUCAGCAAAUCUGAAUUCCUGGAAGCAGAAGACCUGGAGUCCAUGAAAUAUUCCAACUUCAUUCCUCCCAACAACCAGGGUUAUAAAGAGAAGAAAAUGCUGACAGAGGUGUGAUCAUUUUUGUUAUCCUGGGUCCAGACACAGAGCUACAGGCUGCUGCACAGCCGUCUUCCUACUAGCAGCUGGAUCUAUUCAGCAUUUACAUGCCAGACUGUGAAUUGUGAUACCGUAAACAGAAUGAUUGCGAUAAUGGGCUCUUCUGUCCUGAUUUGCUGUUUCUUGUUACUGUGUGCAGCCAGAAAUGUUCUUGCUUUAUUCUGUGGAGUGCUAGCUGUCAUCCCCCACUCCCUCACAAAUUUCUUUCUCUGUUUUUGAAGACUGCUUUAAUCCAAUAUUUGCUCUGAAACCUAGCCUUUCUACUCCACUAGCAGAGAAGCCCUUGCCACUACUUCAGCUGAAGGAUUCUGCAGUGAACGAAUAGUUAAACGGGCUACAAACAUCUGGCUCAAGCUGUGCCCUUAGUUCCUGUGCCAGCACAGUGCCCUUGGCUGUGGGAUCGGUCACGCCUGCCAUGCCAUUGCCUUUGAAUAAUGGAAACACUGUAGCCAGCAUCACAAUGACUUCUGCAGCUGUAGGAGAAAGUCAGCAAGCGGAUGUCUUCCUUCUUUGCUAAAGAUCCUCAUGGUUUGUGUUUCAAAAAAGGUGCAGAAAUCCAAAAGCCCUUUGUUACUUGUGACCAUAUACCAUUUAUCAAAAACAAGCUUAAAGAAAUCAACAGGCUUGGUGAAGGUUCUGUUUUGAGCUUAUUUGAGCCUUAUUUAUGCCAGUGCCCUGACGUUAAUUGGCUCUUACAGUACCAACUUGAUAGUGGUAAAUGCCUUCUGAUGCAAGGCACAUUUGAAUAAAUUCAUUUGUUAUCUCUGCAGUUUAUCUCCACACAAUAGCUUUUAAUGAGAUGUACUUUAUGCUCCAGAUAUCCAGUUCUGUAUUCAGGCGUGUGAGAGCAAUUGACUCCACUGCAUUUUUAUUGAAGCGUUUGUAUAGCUGAGGGAAGUUUGCAUGCUGGUGUUUUGGUGAUGUAGCUGAAAAACACCAACCACAGACAGCUGCAUCCAUGCUGUCUGAAGAUUGCACUGAUUUAGUGUGUCACAUGCAUAAAUUACCCCAGGGUAAAUGUGUCAGCAUUUGAGACUGAGAUUGGCAUGGACAGGUACUUCCCUAAGCCAUCUGCACAAACCCAACAACAUACCCUAGACCUUUCAAAUUAGGAGAGAAACAGCUAUCCUUGAAGAUAUACUUUUGCUGUAUUACUGAUCUAGCCAAUUGUUGGUAUUUCAUGGAUACAAGGCAUAGCAAUGUCUUUUGCAUGCACUAGGUUUUAUGAGAGUGACUUAUGCUAGCAAUGCAGAAUGCAUAGCUUGGCUUGCAGUGCUAGGUUUGCCAAGGAACCAGAGAUUUGCAUCUUAAGAUGGACAUUUUGCUUCCCAGAUAUUUUCAUUUUUUUAAUCAGCUCUGCCUUACACCUAACUUUAAAAUGUUUCAAAUGCUGCCAGUGGGUGAGAAGGGGAAAUGGAUGCUUUCAGAUUCUAUUGGCAAUUUUCUUGCAAAGAAAAGUCUUUCUUGUUUUAAAUAUAAGUGUACGUUCUGCAUUCACAUGUGUGCAUGUGUAUGAAAGCAAAGGCAGCCAUUAAGGUCUUGCAUCAUGCUGUAUGAUAUGCAUAUUAGAAUGUACUACAUAUUGCAUGUGACACAUGUAAUACAUAAAUGAGACAUAAUAUCAAGAUGCAAAAUAUAUAGAAUACAUUUUAUGUAUAUGUAUAUAUUAUGCUUUUCAACCAUAAAGCUAAGAAUGCUAAAGGCAUAUACUUUAAUAUGGUCAGAAUUGGCUAUAGAACUGGUUGUGGGAUGGGAUCUGUUUGCAUCUUCAAUACCCUGCUUGUUUUUCAUCAUCUUGAGAUCUGGCUCCAUGCCUAGAGUGCUUUUGUUGUGGUGUCUCUUCAUCUGGGCCCUGAUCAUAUGGUAGAAGUUGUUUGUGUAAAUCCUAGCUGCUACUUUUCUCCAGAGUCCCAUUGUCUUCUCAAAGGUUUUUAAUGUACAGGGAUCCCCCCUGGAGUCAGCGCACAACCAUUACUUGAAAACCUCUGUUGUCUCUCUCACUGAAAUCAGUAGCAAAACGCCACUUGUCUCAGUUACUGCAGGUCAGUCUGGGAGACACAAGCGUGCUGUGGUGAGGGCUCUAUAGCUGAGAGGAGUUUGCCUGAACACAUAGGUGCCUAAUUCCUAUUUGUUUCAUCAAGACUGAGGCAAAUAUCUGUGAAAGUCUGGAGCCUUGGAGCCAUUCUGCAUCCCCUGAAGCAUGUAACCAGCUGGUGAGUAAGUAAUCCUGGUGAAUAAGUGGGAUUGAGGAAGGAUGAGCAUGGUGGCAUCUCUGUUGAUUUUGUGUGAAAAGUUGUCUUGAUCAUUGAGUUAAUUCAGUAAAAAGCUGUUGUUGUUCUUAGUUGUGUUUCAGGGUCAGUAUAAUGAAAUAUUUCCUGUGAGUGGAAGAGAGUGACUCUUCUUCAAAUUUUGUGUUACUGUAGCAGAUGCACAAAAAACUAGCAACAUAACCUGCUAUUUAAGAGGGAUGUUUGCAGACUGCUGCUGCCUCCUUGCAGAAUGUCCAUGUUUGGCAUUAUUUUAUGCCUGAGUGUAUCAGCUGAUAAAAGUUUCCCCAAAGUAAGAUAUAAAAAACUCAGGUUAAGCAUGAGUUCAGGAGGAGGCAUGAGGCAUGCUGAGCCUACGUCAGAAAAUUCCCUUGCUCGUUUCUUCCCUUGGGCCUGGCCCCAAUGCCCCUGCCAGGCAGGAGCCCUCCCUGCUCAGAACAGGUCAUUCUCCUGACCAGCAUGACAGACAGACAGGCAUGGAAACUCCAACAAAAAGAGAUUUGAGACAAAUUACUGAUAGCAUAAUCCCAAUGUGUCUUAUAGAGAUGCUCUUGUAAAGAGAUUUCCUGUUCUCAGGUGAAAUUCAGCAGUGAGUUUCUAGCCAGAGUGUUGUCUGUACACUGACACGGGCACACACACAGGUGUGAAGGACCUUUGUUGCAAACAGAUAGUUUUUGUGCAAUUUUUGCCAUCCACACUUUUCAGUUCUGAAAAUAAAGUGCAAAUGAAAAUGUGUAAAACAGGAAUGGGGUUCGCACCCUGGCUUUUCUCUGUUAGAGCUAAGAGAAGCUAAUGGAAGCUUGGAAACUGUGAUCUAGGGACUUUUGUUUCAGUAUGUAAAUCUUUCUCUAAGCAUCUCCUGAAAAGCAAGGUAGUGAAGUCCCCGAGUCAUCAAUAAUACUAUACAUUAUAGAAUUUACAGAAUUUGACAUUUUUAUUAAGGAGCCUUUCAAGUGACUGAAAAGACAUAGUGACACCCAAGCCAAUGACUAGCAUCAGGAAAUCACAGAGAUGUUUUCAAAAAUCUUACCUCAACUUCUCACCCCUUAUCACUCACUCCUGGAUGUUUGAAAUACAGAUUUGUCUGUCAGUAUAACCAUUUCCUUCUGAAGGCAGAGCACAUCCUCAUGAAGCAAAGUAGGCACCUCCAGGGACUUGUUUCCAUAACAACCUCCCAGACUGUUUCUCUCUACCCCGUGUCUUUGGCUACAAGCAAAAGCACUCAUUGAAUGUUUUCAGUUUUCAGAUAUUAGCACCGUAUCUUUACAGCUGUUUUCUUUGUUUACUGGAGAUCAUCCCAUCACCUUAUAUCACGUACAACUGCCCUGUUCAACUUCAGACAGACAAUUAUCAGCAUCUGAAAACAGAGAGUGCAAACGAAGAGAUAGGAAGGGAUUUUAUUUGUAUAUCCUUACAUACAGAUAGGUGGGGAUUGUGUGAAGGACAAUCUGAUCACUCACAGUCAAGGAGCUGAGGCACAACUGGCCUGUGAAUGUAGAGUCAUCUAGGUGCUCGGUGACAAGGAAUAUAAGCUAAAGCAUCACAUUAAAAAAAAAAAAACCCAGAAACUCCUCUUUCAACAAUCUCACUAGGAAAUGGUUUUGCUGUGGAAGAGACUAUUGCUCCUUCCUGAACCCUCAGCUGUUCUGUGACAAUCAGUUCCCUGGAAAUUUUCCCAUAGGAUGUUUUGCACCAAAGCAGUACAAGACAGAAAUCAUCUUCUUGGAGGUGGGGAAGGAAGGAAUGGAAGAAUUUUACUGAGGGCACAUUUUUUUAUCUGCAACUCAUCAGCAACAUAGAAGAUUGUAAGGGUGAAAGCCAUGAAGAGCUGUUUUGCAAUAUUUCAAAGUCUGCAGUACUGUUGGAUUCCUAUGCUUACCUCCAAGAUGAAAUGCCUGUUUUGCUCCUGUUUGGAAAAUGUUGCAAUUUGGGAUUUUUGAGCAAUUUUCUGUUUUGGCCCUGUUCCUUUUGAUCCAGCUUUCAUGGAUAAAAAUUCGCUUAUAGAGCAGCUGUGGGGGCAAAGGUGACUGGACUUGGUGUUUUUUCCUAGGCCCUCUCAUUCAGUGUACAAAGAUCCCUAUGGAGAUGAAGAAGAAUGAGUAUAAAGGAAAUUCAGGGCAGCAGGAGAGGGUAAGCACUGAAGCGUCUUCCAUACUGUGAUGGAAACAAGAGCAUCAUCUCUAAAAGCAAAGGAACAAACAGCUCCAGUGUAUGCUGCUAUAGCAGAAGUAGGUCCUGUUUGCAUCAGGGAAAGAUCCGCAGAUCACAGCAGGAGUUAACCACAGCUUUCCCAAAAGCUCUCAUCUGACUUGAGUCCAAGUAACGCCGUCAAAAGCCCGUGAGGAGUUUAUGGCGUGACACAGUGCCAUCCUGUGGGCCGUAGAGGUAUUUGACAAGGCGACACUGAUGGGGGACCUGUUUUGCGAAAGAGUGUUGGCAGCUUGUGGCAGAGGCUGGAUUUUGGAUGCUGCAAGGCUGUCAUGACAGGAUGCUGCAAAAGAGGUGGUUAUAUCUUCUUACUGUAGAGUUGGUGAAGUUUCCCUGUGUACGGCGAAUACAACAUUUAUGGACAGGAAACUGGUUUCCUUGUUUUGCAGUUUUUUGUUGCUGUUGUUUUUGAAGGGGUUAACACAGUUCCAGGAAACUGAAACUAGAUGUGAAUCGGAGUUGGAGGGAGGAAGCAGGGAGAAUCUCAUACAACAUUCAGAUGUGUCUCAUUUCUGGGAAAACUAAAUAAAGCAGGAUCCAGUUGCCAGUGGCAAAAUAGCAGCAACUUAUGAGCUGCUCAUUAAAAGCCCCAGACAAGCACCAAGUCCUGUGAGAAGAUGGACAUUGACACAGGACACCUCCAAAAGACUCCAUUGUUGAAACCUAUUUUAAACCUUUUUCAAGGGGAUGACAUAGUUCUGGUAGAUGCAUAAGGUCAGUGCUUAGAAGAGCAAAUAGGUUUCUCCAGGAAAUCAAGCAAGUGGCCAAAAUCUGUCCAUUUGUCUGCCUGUCUUUUGGCCUUGGAUUACUGUCCUAUUUAAAACUGUGUUUUUGUAAAUGGUAGACAUUUCAUGUAACUCUACAAGUAGUAAUCAUCCUAUUAAUGUAUAAUAUCUGGUAUCAGAGGGAUGGGCCCAAACUAGAGGUAUUUCCCAUUUACCUAUGAAAUGUUUUCCUUUAGUGUACAUAAAGUCAAUUCUUGUUGUGAACAUGUGCGUCCGUUGCCUGCUCUAAAUGAGGUAGUGACUUACUUUCAGUGGCUGUAGACAGUUUCACUGAAAUAGUGCCGUUUGUAGUCUUUCCUGUGAUUUAGAAGGCACAAUAGCCAGACAGUACUGAACAUGUAAUAUAAUUGUAUGCAGUGUUCCCAGAAAAUGCCCUGAGGUCUUCUCCCAUUGUACUAUUGUGAUAAAAACCUCUGUUGCUUUUCCAGCUUCACAAGUCCAUGUUGUGCUAUGCUGUAACUGAUAGAAAAUUUGAUUAGCACUGAAAAGUGAAGGGCAGAGAGGGAUGCUCUGGUCUGGAAUUCCCUGCCUUUGGCAGCAGCAAAAGUCAGUCAUGCCACCAAAUGUCCAUGACCAGAGGUGGAUGCACCCUAUGUGUGUUGCCAGCUCUCUACAUACAAGCAUGAGAGGGUGGCUAUAAAGAAUUGGUUCUGGGAGGGGAGAGACUGAGAGGAAGAGUGGAGUAAAGAAUAUCCUGAGCAUGACAACUGGGAUUUUUAGAAGGUACUCAGAUGCUGGGCAUCCAGCUGCCCUAGGACUUUUUUAUCAAUAACACCCUCUACAUUUUCAGGAGAGACUUUUAGCCUGCCUGGUGGUUCUCACAAUUAAUUUGUGAGAGAAAAGUCAUAGAAGGCAGCUCUUUCUAGUUUGGCAGCACCUGCAACAGGCUGCGACCAUAAUAUCAACUCGUGGCUGCUGGCUGAGGGUCUGAUCCUCUGAUGAGCUGUGACUUCCUGACUACCUGUGACUCAAACAGGCUUAUAGGACUGGUCUUAAAGAAACCCUGAGGUGCCAGAUCUAAAGGUGCUUUUGGAGCAGGACUGCUCAGUUCUUAGGAAGUAACAUUCUCUCCACAUUCAUAUUGUUUGGACACAAAGAAUACAGAGACCUAUGCUACAUCUUAUUGCAGGCCAGCUUGCAGUGUGAGACUUCUCUGAGUCAUUGUCUAGCCUCAUCUGUGUGGUAAGGCCAUGUGGCUGACUAUGGGUAUCCAGAGCUGCCAUGGACCCUUCUGGCAACAGCAGUUGUCUUCAGAGUCAAGCUAAGUGCAGGCUGCCAUUAGAAAGGUGUGAAUAUGCUGCAGAAUCUAUGGGUACCCUCCAGAUAUAUGGCGCACAGGCCAGAGGCUUUAGACCGUACUUUGUGCCAGCACAAAGAGCAGGGAUGUUAGUUACAGGAUUGCUUUGCUCUUGCUGUGAAACCUUGCAUUAUUUCAAGGAAGACAGCUGGGAUUUGCAGGCCAGAUCAUGUGAUGAGAUAAGGAAUUCAAGCUCCUUUAUUGGAGCUAGGCUGAUUUAUAUGAGUCUGGUCCAACAUUUCUGAGAAAUUGUGGAUGGUGGGCAUUUUUUGUUUGUUUGUUGCACUGAAAAGCUGUAGCCUUUCAAAUAAAGUAUGUGAAGCAAACAGAAUUUUUAGAUGGAGCAUGUGCUUCAGCCUGUCUGCUGGAUUCAGACUUUGAGAAUACAAGUUCUUUGUAGAGACUCCCACAUGCAGUGGGAGAAGAGGUUGUUUGGCUUGAAAUUUAACCAAGGAGAUGGGACUUGACUGAGCUUUGAACAGCAACCAUUGUCCUUAUUGGUGAUUUCAUAAUAUGUGCUUGGCUCAAACCCAACAUUGCACAGGCCAGAACCUGAUGAAACUGUGUAACUAGAUAUUUGUGAUUGUUCCCGCCAGUGUGAUCCACUGUUAAAUAGAUUAGUCAUACAAAUAAAAUCAGUAUUUUUUAAA